AUGCUCCCCGAUGGCACCUGCACCAGGCUCCCGGUCGGUGCAGGGAGCCACAGCGGCGGCAGCCACAGCGGAGCCAGCGGCGCCUUGGAGGAGGCGGCGGCGAGGGGCAUGGACUCGGGCGGCAGGAACUCCUCCGAUGCCCCGAACAGCACCCUGAGUGAGUCCCAGGGCAGCGCCAUCCUCAUCUCUUUCAUCUACUCUGUGGUGUGCCUGGUGGGGCUGUGUGGCAACUCCAUGGUCAUCUACGUGAUUCUACGCUAUGCCAAAAUGAAGACGGCCACCAACAUCUACAUCCUUAACUUGGCCAUUGCGGAUGAGCUGCUGAUGCUUAGCGUCCCCUUCCUGGUCACCUCCACCCUGCUGCACCACUGGCCCUUUGGCUCUCUGCUCUGCCGCCUGGUGCUCAGCGUGGAUGCCAUCAACAUGUUCACCAGUAUCUACUGCCUGACUGUGCUCAGCGUGGACCGCUACAUCGCCGUGGUGCACCCCAUCAAGGCGGCCAGGUACCGCCGACCCACCGUGGCUAAGAUGGUCAACCUUGGUGUCUGGGUGCUUUCCAUCCUCAUCAUCCUGCCCAUCAUCAUCUUCUCCAAUACAGCGGCCAACAGUGAUGGAACGGUGGCUUGCAACAUGCUCAUGCCGGAGCCCACCCAGAGGUGGCUGGUGGUCUUUGUGGUCUACACCUUUCUGAUGGGCUUCUUGCUACCAGUGGUGGCCAUCUGCCUCUGCUACAUCCUCAUCAUUGCCAAGAUGCGCAUGGUGGCCCUGAAGGCUGGCUGGCAGCAACGCAAACGCUCGGAGCGCAAGAUCACCCUCAUGGUCAUGAUGGUGGUGAUGGUCUUUGUCAUCUGUUGGAUGCCCUUCUACAUUGUGCAGCUGGUCAAUGUCUUUGUAGAGCAGGAUGACGCCACCAUCAGCCAGCUCUCUGUCAUCUUGGGCUAUGCCAAUAGCUGUGCCAACCCCAUCCUCUAUGGCUUUCUCUCAGACAAUUUCAAGCGGUCCUUCCAGAGACUGCUCUGCCUCAGUUGGAUGGACAAUGCUCCGGAGGAACCCAUCGACUACUAUGCCACUGCCCUCAAGAGCAGGGCGUACAGCGUGGAGGACUUUCCCCCGGACAACUUGGAGUCAGGGAGCAUGUACAGGAACGGCACGUGCACCUCCAGGAUUACUACCCUCUGAGGAAGCAUUCUUGCCCCCUGCCCUACCACCCCCCAGCAGGAGGGUGAGCGGAGCCAGGCUGUGGCAUGGGGAGGCUGGGAGGGAGGGGGUUUUGAUCCAGCCUACUGACAGCAUCGUUUGGCAGAAGAGGAAGCAAAGAAAACCCCACGUCCUUGGUGUGCUGCCCCAUUCCCCUUGCCUCCUUUGAAACUGGGUGCAUUUGCUGAUGCUUUGACACCCCCCUAGUAAACUGCCGUGCAUAGGAUCUGGCAGCCAGGCUUUACUAGCCCCGUCUGUCUGACAAGCAGGUCCCACAAAAACUUUCCCCUUCUGUACAGGUCCCCUCUCCUUCCCCUUAGCUAGUGGGACCCCCUGCCACCAAGCAGAGCCUGCUUGAGGUCAGGUUCAGACUCCCUUGACCAGCAGCAAACCUGCUCAGCAUCCAUGGGUAGGCACCUGCCAGUCAGAGAGCAGAAAAGCUGGGAAAGGUCCCUCCUGAACACAUCUGCCCUCUCCUGGAAAGCAGUCUCUCCCUGCCUCCCCAUGGGGAAAAGAAAAAGAAGGGAGCAAAAAGGCCCCAAGAAAAGGAACAGCUUUUGCUCUGCAGACAGCUCCCACCUCCCUGGGGUUCAGGCUCUGUGCUGCGAUCACAGGCAGCAAAGCAGAAAAAGCUCUUCAGAAAGGAACCUGAUUGUUGCAGUGCCUCAGAACUCACAGCAGGAUGCCAGUAACUGGAGGUGAUGGGUCUGUGACCCACAGGGACAGAACUGAGCUGGGGGCAGGAGGAAGCUUUGGCCUGGGAGAGGUGUGAGUGUGUUCCUCUGCACGAUGGAGUGUGCAAGUAAUAAAGUUUAAGGGGAGCACUAGACUGUGAAGUUAUUGUCUUGCAGUGCUCCGCUGGCCAGGAAACAGUGAUGAAGGGACUGAGGCAGACUUCAAUGACCUGAGUGGCCACAAAGUCACUUUAACUGAUAUGGAAAAAGGGGAUUUUGUUCAA